AUGUCUAUUCUCAAGGUCCACGCCCAAGAGAUCUUUGAUUCCCGUGGGAACCCCACUGUUGAAGUUGAUCUCUACACCUCAAAAGAUCUCUUCCGAGCGGCUGUGCCCAGUAGUGCCUCCACUGGCAUCUACGAGGCCCUAGAACUCCGCAACAAUGAUAAGACUCGCUAUGGGAAGGGUGUCUCAAAGGCUUUUGAGCACAGCAAUAAAACUAUCGCACCUCCUCUGCUUAGCAAGAAACUGAACUUUGUGGAGCAAGAGAAGAUCGACAAGCUGAUGUCUGAGAUGGACAGCACUGAGAAUAAAUCUAAAUUCAGGGAAAAUGCCGUCUUGGGAGUGUCCCUGGCUGUCUGCAAAGCUGGUGCCACAGAAAAGGGGGUACCCCUGUACCGUCACAUUGCUGACUUGGCUGGCAACCCUGAAGUCAUUCUGCCCAAUCCCGCUUUCAACGUGAUCAAUGGUGGUUCCCACACUGGCAACAAGCUGGCCAUGCAGGAGUUCAUGAUCCUUCCCGUGGGGGCGUCAAGCUUCCGGGAAGCCAUGUGCAUUGGGGCAGAGGUUUACCACAACCUGAAGAAUGUCAUCAAGGAGAAAUACGGGAAGGAUGCCACCAAUGUGGGUGAUGAGGGGGGGUUCGCGCUCAACAUCCUGGAGAACGAAGAAGCUCUGGAGCUGCUGAAAAACGCAAUCGGGAAGGCUGGCUACAAGGACCAGGUAGUCAUCGGCAUGGACGUGGCUGCCUCUGAGUUCUUCAGGUCUGGCAAGUAUGACCUGGACUUCAAGUCGCCUGAUGACCCCAAGUACAUCACACCUGACCUGCUGGCUGACCUGUAUAAGUCCUUCAUCCGGGAGUAUCCAGUGGUGUCCAUCGAGGACCCCUUUGACCAGGACGACUGGGAGGCCUGGAAGAAUUUCACAGCUAGUGCUGGCAUCCAGGUGGUUGGGGAUGAUCUCACAGUAACCAACCCUAAGAGGGUUGCCAAGGCUGUCAGUGAGAAGUCCAGCAACGGCUUCCUGCUCAAAGUCAACCAUAUUGGCUCUGUGACCGAGUCUCUGCAGGCUUGUAAGCUGGCUCAGUCCAAUGGCUGGAGCGUCAUGGUGUCCCAUCGCUCCGGGGAGACAGAGGACACUUUC